CGCACGCAUCCUGGCAUCCACCCGAGUCCCCAACGGCAACCGAGCACGCCGCCGCCGCCCCUCCCUCUCGCCGCCGAGCGCUCCCCCCACUCCGCUGCCGCUGCGCCGCCGCAGCUCCGCUCGACCGUAGUGAAGAUCCAUCCGGACGCGUAUUCAUCUGCUCUGUUUCUCGAGCCUCAGGUCUACUGACCACUGUCUAGCAUCAAGGUGCAUGCUUGCAGGGAGCUCAGAUGGAUAAGGACUGAAGAAUUGACAAACAUGGCAUUUAGUGGCAUGAAAGAUUUUUACCGGCAGAAAAAGAAAGGAGGUGUGACCAAGGCAGCAUCAUCUUCCAAUAAGAAAACAAAGCAGUACACUAGAGGGGCCUCCGUCGGUGCCCCAGAUACUGCUCAGACAUCAGCACUAGUUUCUCAUGGCUCCUGGGAUCUCAAAGAUGAUUUUGGUGAGCAAGAGGAGCAGCUGCGGCAAUUCGACAUGGACAUGAAGUUUGGCCCAUGUAUUGGUGUCACCCGGCUUCAGCGCUGGGAGCGCGCUUCUGCCAUGGGCCUCCAGCCACCAGCCCAUCUCCGGGAUCUCUUGCUGCGUGUUCCAUCAACGAAGGAUCGCAGUGAUCCUUAUGCCGGGUGCCUAUGGGAGGGUAAAGUCUAGAAGCAUCUUCUAUGACAAGCACCGCCCUGUUCAUAGUAACCUAGUGUGACAUGUUCCGCUGCUUCCACUUCGUAGCUGGGUUUCCAGUAGUUCACUCUGCAUCCUCCUGUAAUCCUGCUGAUGUAUGAUGGCACUGUUUUGUUUCUCUUUGAGUAUGCUCAGUUUGUCUGAAUGUACUGCUCAACUUGUUGCCCUGGAAUCGUCUUUCUCUAAUCCUCCCAUAAGUUGUAGACCUCGCCUGCUUAUAUGUAUCUGAGCGGUCCGUAUGUACACAUGCACAUGAAACAUUCCCUGUUCUGUUA